AUAAAAUGAGAUCCUUGACCCUCCCCCCUUGGUCUGGCCAAUUUUUUUUUUCCAUUUGUCCGUUUUUUCCAUUGAUUCAAAAGUAAUCAUCUCUGUGAUUUCAGUUACUUGUGCCCUAGAUCUGAAUUCUAGGAUUUAGAAUAUCCUGUGCUUUUCUCCAAAGUCAUUUAUCUCUCGAGAAUUUGCUCCUUUUCUCCCUUUUCGAUCUGGUUUCGGGUUUCUUAUUUUCUAAGGCUUUUGGGUUUGAUUUCUCUCUGCUACGUGGGAUUUCUGGUCCAGGAAACGCUCUUUGAUGCUUGAAUUCGCGGGUUUCUAGAUCCUCUGUCUUAUUGGUCCCGAAUCCUUCAAUUUGAUCCUUUUGUUGCAUUUCUGAAGGUAUUGGGUUUCAGAAUUUUUAGGGACCCUUUUGUGUUCUAUUUUCUCCCCUUUUUCCUGCAUUAUCUGGAUGGAGAGCGGUCGUCUCCCCAUAGAUUCAGUGUAAUCUCAAGUUCUUGGGUUCUUGGUUAUGAGGUUCACUAAUUAGUAAAUCAAUGCGAGGGUCUUUCUAGAAGCAAUGAAGUUCUAGGGUUUAUUUUGGCCAACUCUCUCCCUUUUGGCCUGCGAGUUUGUCGAUCCAAAAUGCCAGUUGCUGCGUCAGCCAUAUAUUUCUUAAAUCUCAGGGGAGACGUCCUCAUCAAUCGACUCUAUCGAGACGAUGUCGGGGGAAAUAUGGUGGAUGCAUUUAGAAUGCAUAUAAUGCAAACAAAGGAGCUUGGUACAUGUCCUGUUCGGCAGAUUGGUGGGUGCUCAUUCAUCUACAUGAGAAUCAGCAAUGUGUACAUUGUAAUUGUUGUCAGUAGCAAUGCCAAUGUAGCUUGUGCAUUCAAGUUUGUUGUUGAGGCAGUUGCGUUGUUUAAAUCUUAUUUUGGUGGUGCUUUCGAUGAAGAUGCUAUCAGGAAUAACUUUGUUCUGAUUUAUGAGCUCUUGGAUGAGAUAAUGGAUUUUGGAUACCCUCAAAAUCUUUCUCCUGAAAUUUUGAAGCUUUAUAUCACUCAAGAAGGAGUGCGAUCACCGUUUUCGUCCAAGCCAGCUGACAAGCCGGUGCCAAAUGCGACUCUACAAGUUACUGGUGCCGUAGGUUGGCGUCGUGAGGGCCUUGUAUAUAAGAAGAACGAGGUUUUUCUUGACAUUGUGGAAAGUGUGAAUCUUCUGAUGUCAUCCAAAGGUAGUGUUCUUCGUUGCGAUGUGACUGGGAAGAUUCUCAUGAAGUGCUUCCUUUCUGGCAUGCCUGACUUAAAGCUCGGUUUGAAUGACAAAAUUGGGCUUGAAAAGGAAUCACAACUUAAAUCACGUCCUGCUAAAAGUGGGAAGACAAUUGAGCUUGAUGAUGUUACUUUCCACCAAUGUGUGAAUUUGACAAGGUUCAACUCUGAAAAGACUGUUAGUUUUGUUCCACCUGAUGGGGAAUUUGAAUUAAUGAAAUAUCGUAUUACUGAAGGAGUAAAUCUUCCAUUCCGGGUCUUGCCAACAAUCAAAGAACUAGGACGGACACGCAUGGAAGUUAAUGUGAAGGUGAAGAGUGUCUUUGGUGCGAAAAUGUUUGCUCUUGGGGUGGUGGUAAAAGUUCCUGUACCGAAACAAACGGCUAAGACAAGUUUCCAAGUCACAUCAGGUCGAGCCAAGUACAAUGCCUCUAUAGAUUGCUUGGUUUGGAAGAUAAGAAAGUUUCCUGGUCAAACCGAGUCAACCAUGAGUGCAGAAGUGGAGCUGAUAUCAACAAUGACAGAGAAAAAGUCCUGGACUAGGCCUCCUAUUCAGAUGGAGUUUCAGGUUCCAAUGUUUACAGCAUCAGGUCUGCGAGUACGGUUUCUCAAGGUUUGGGAAAAGAGUGGAUAUAAUACUGUAGAAUGGGUUCGUUAUAUCACAAAAGCUGGGUCAUAUGAGAUCAGAUGCUAGAAUCGCAGGUUGCUUGCUGUGAGGGAAGUUCCCAUUCAAAAUGAAGCAGAUGAUUCCAAGCCUGCUCAGUUGCCUCAUUUGUUAGGCCAAAAGAUCGCUUCUGUCUCUCUCUCUGUUGUGCAUUUGGAAUGAAAUUUUCUUUUAAUUCUUUGGUGUGGUUGUUCUGGAGAAUUGGUUGAGAAUGUAACAAAUCAACUCCGAGCUUGGUGUUUGGUGUUUGGGUGUAGGCUUCAUAUUGGUUUUGGCAGACUUAGAGUUGUUCAUGAAUAGUAAGGCUAAAUUACAAGGAUGUAUCAUUUGAGUCUCUCUCUAUAA